CGGAAACAAGUCGCCUCCGAGGCCACUUCAAACUAAUCGAACUAUUCUGUUGCAAAUUAAAGCAAAAUUUCCAAGCAAUUAGCCAUGUUGAUCCCUAGGCUAGAAGUACUAUUUGGAUGCCUUCUCUUGAUGACUUCAUCAGCUUCCUCAUCUAGUGUUGGUGACUACGAGGAGCUGUGCCGUUUGUUCAAGAAUGGCACCCAUAUCCGUAAGCCCGGCACCUGUGAUCAGUACAUCCAGUGCACCGAUGGUGAAGGAAUCCUUUUAACCUGCCCCUCCGGGCAAUCCUUCGAUCCCGACAAGGAUAAGUGCGUGGACACUCUGUCCAGUAGCCACAAGUACUGCGGCAAUCGGUGCGAUGGAUUAGAUGGAGAGUGGGUAUCCGAUCCGACCGAAUGCCACAAGUACUUCUAUUGCAUGAACGGUGUACCGCUGCAGGGGAAUUGCCCGUUGGGUCAGCACUUCAAUGAGAGCUCCCAGGCCUGCCAGUAUGGCGUUGACUCACAUUGCGUGGAUGUAAACAACAUUUGCGAACUGGUUGCAUCUGGCACGAAAUUCCGUAAGGAAGACGACUGCAGCUACUACUAUGAGUGUGAUAAGACCGGAAAUCAUGCGCCGAAAAGGUGCUCUACCAAGACUAAUUUGUAUUUUGAUGUGGAAAGCGGCAGCUGCAUAGAAGCCAAUAAGGUGGAGUGCAGUGCUCACCCAAAGGAUGGAAUCUGUUCCGUUACUAAGACGGUGGUAUUUAAAUCCGAUAAAGCAACCUGCCGUGGCUAUUUCGUGUGCAAGGCGCUUUCGCCAGUCGCUGAUCUGGAUCCCGUGUGGCUGCAGUGUCCCGAGGGCUACUUCUUUGACGAGGAACUACAGAUCUGUGGAAAAGCCACUUCAGUGGUCUGCACCCACAACAGGUGCGAUGGUCGCGGCACGAUGCUGGUGACCAGCAGCAGUAAUAAUUGCCACAACUACAUCCGUUGUGUGGAUAACAAAGAGGUGUCCGAGGAAGUCUGUCACUUAGAUCACUUCUUUGACGAGAGAUACGAAGCCUGCUUUUCCACGAUUAUCUACGAUAAAUGCUGCGAUGGCCGCGAGUAAAUGCUGUAUCUUCCUAUAAAAACAA